AUGGCCAUUCAAGCUGGGCAUCACUGCUUUUGUGGUGACAGCCUUGCGGCAUUGGGGGAGGAACCAUACACGAUAGUGAAGAAUUCUGAGUGCAACUCGCACGUGGGGCCAGCUUGUCCGCAACGACAUUUCUGUGGUGGGCCUUUCCGGAAUUCGGUGUUCAGGCUUUACAAGCGAUCAGCCGAGGCCGAAGAUCUGCAACUCGGAAUGUCAGGCGGCUGCACCUUGGCAACUACCUUCGGCCCAACAACCGAGCAGACUCUUCCCUUGGGAUUCGGCGUGCGAAAUGGAGAUGGGCGCUGUCUCACAAUGAGCACUCCGAGCAAUCAGACAGUGGCGCAGUCUGCGAAAGCUUGUACCGGUGGGGAGGAUCAAAGCUUCACGGCCAUCCUCGCAAGUUCCCUGGAAGUGCCUAGUACCUGGCAAAACCUGGAGUCUGAGAAGAUUAUCCUCCUCAGUCAGCGGGAUGAGUCGAAGGUCUUUUUCCGCGAGGGCGCGAAACUCGUGGAGCCACAGUUUACUUGGCAGACUACGGGGGAGCUUUCCUUCGAUGCAACGGGAGUGUUUGGAUUGGGGGGAGGGCCCAGGUACUUGAUCGCAGAUGGCAAGGAGGCCCUCCUUCAGAAUGCCAUCGGAAAGGCUGUUGCAGAAGCGGAGCAAUUUCAAUGGUCAACGGUGAGCUUUGGCGUGGCAGACGAGCUGCAGGUGCUGUGCCCUCCUGGGCAGUUGAUUCACAGCCUGGAGAAGGAGGCUCUGCGCCUGCGGUGGCGAUGUGCCAGCGUUGCCGGAGUCGGAGCCUGCGAAGAAAAGGAGACGCUGGCGGCGUCCGACAACAUGCAGCAAGCCCUCAAAGCGGUUGACAUGGACUGUGGCCGGGAGGCCGGCUUGCGGGAAAUCCGAGCAGAAGCCGACCCAGGAGGCGCAUCGAUUCGCUUCCGCUACCUUUGCUGCUCCCUGGACGCAGCUCCGAUUGCGGUCCGGCCCGUACCGGUACCGCUUCAAGAGGCCUUCCUCACCACUUCGAUCCAAAGCUUUGAAGGCAUCUACUGCCCUACUCGGAUAGAUGGCUCUGGGCGACCAUCGUUCCAGCAGAAAUACUCCUUCAAGAACAUGUCAGCUACAACAGGGAGCACGCUGUCGUAUGAUCGGCGGCAGGGUCUCUGGUGUCUCCAAGAUGGCGGCCGAUGUGCGCCAAGCGACGCUGUGCACCCUUUGGAGGCUUUGGAAGGCGGCAGGCUGGGAGGCCUUGACUGGCAAGUGGUGCGUGUGAGCAACUUCAACACCGAGUUCGAGUCUCGUGGCGUCCGCCCUCCUCCAGCAGCCACCGUUCGCUUGCCUGCGAAGCCCCCAAAGCCCCCAUCCUUGAUUCGCUUUGAGGGCAUCGAUCCAGAGGUUGCGGAAGAGUGCAAGGAUGAAAGCCAUCCCGGAACCGAAACCUUCGAUGCUGAGAGAAUGAGUGAGGUGGCAUCAGGCCUUGGCCCAGAAAACCCCUGCCACUACGUGAGCAUGAGCUGGACCAACAGGAAAGAUAAGACCGAGCAAAAUGCCAUCACCUACCGAACGGUGAAAGAGUGCUCUGACCGGGAGAUCGAGGCUGCGCUCGCUGGGGCACGGACUUCCCGGGACCAGACGGCAGUGGACUUGUCAUUCCAAGCUUUUGCAGAUAUCUACGAAGCUGUGGGUGCCUUUCUGCCGAACUCGCACGUCAAUGCAAUCUUCGGAGGGCUGGGAAUCAAGACUGGCGCGCAGCUCGCAGCAGCUGCCAAGAUCCCAAAGGCCGUCGCAAGCCUUGUCUCAGGAGCAGUCUUUGCCGACAAGCGCAUCAAUAGUGCCGAAGACGAUGCAAAGGACUGCAGUAGCCUUCAGCACGGGCUUGCUCGUGCCUUCUGUGACGUGCACUGCGUCAGGGAUGCUGUCAAGAGUGGAGAUGCGGCCAUCCGGGAGAGCCUUGAAAGUGCUGUGGAGGUCAUGGGGGAGAACAUGAAGCUCCUCUUCGACUUCUACCUGGGAGGUUCAACUGACGCCACUGCGAAUGCUUUGACACAGUCUGAGGCCAUUCGUUCUGGCAUUACAACGCGCUUCCAGGAAAUGCGAACCAUGGCUGCGUCACUGCCUCUAAAUUUGGCGGCGUCAUCUGCGAGCCAAAGAGCCGUCACCAGCUUCAGCUCACGCAUGAAGGAGAUGAGGGAAGCCAUCGACUUCACACGGGUAAAUGCCUCGCUCCAGUGCAAGGGCAUGGCGGAGGAAGUCCACGACUUGCAUCGUAUGCUCUUGCAUCUCACGAGUACCCAAGGGCUGACUUCAGCGCAAUCAGUGCAAAGGAGCUCUGCCGAGUAUGUGCGACACAUGAAUGGCAUACUCAAGACCAAAGCGCACACCCUCGGCAUCUAUCGGCAUGCAUCGCUGAGACGCGAGGGCCGUGAGGGCCGCGAGGGCCUGCAUGGCGUCGUGAAGAUGUCGGAGCUUCUUGUGGCGGUACAAGAGCAAUCCCUGAGCUCGGUGCUGCAGGCAUUGGACUCCACAUGGUGGCAACUUCGCAGAGAACUGGACCGCUACCUGGAUGCCAUCGAGGACUACCUCUCCAAGUUUCAGAGCGCCCUACAACUGCUGGAAGCCUAUACCGACAGGUGCACGGCUGGGUUCUCCAGUUUGAAGGCUGCCUAUGCCGCGUCAGAGCGAGCAGACCGCCACGCGCAUCAGACGCUGAAGGAAGUGUGGAGUACGGCGGUUCCACUGGUAGGCCUGCUGGCGUCGCAGAUCGUGGACAGCGACCUUCUGCACCGCAUGGCCAUCCAUGACGCGCUUCCCUCGCAUGAGAAACUCCACUGUGGCAGUGCUGUCGGCGCCAGCGCAGCGAACAUCACAAUGGACAUGCUGGAUGCCGGGCUCUUUGGGCAGACGCUCCAGCAGUUGCAAGCGCUCUUCAGCGAGAUGUAUCUUCUCCAGGAUCGCCUGGAGUCCAAGGAUUCGGAAGCUCCAGUGCUUUUCGAAGCCCAGGAGCGCCUUGUACACGCUUUCAACGAGACCCUUGGCGAGGCGAUCCGAAGCGUGCAGAGCUCCUUGCGCAUGCGGUGUGACGGCGCAGACGGAAGCGACGUGGGCAGCUUGCUGCAGACCAGGAGUGAGCCUGGCCGCCCCAAAUUUUUCAGACGAUCUCGGAGACGCUCAAGGAGACAUCCCAACAAUCCCAAUGCCCCAAGGUGGAGACAGUACCGACCAGUUUCAACGACUCCAACGGCUCCAACGACUCCGACAACUCCAACGACUCCAACGGCUCCAACGACUCCAACGACUCCAACAACCCCAACGACUCCGACGACUCCGACGACUCCACCGACUCCAACGACUCCAACGUCAACGCUCGGUCCGAUCGGCCUUGCACGCCCUCCGGCUACUGAGCAGAUUCAACUGACAGGAUCCUGCAGCAACAUGUGUGGAGGUAGCAGUGCCAGCUGCUUCUGCGACGUCUCCUGCAUGGACUUCGGUGACUGCUGCUCUGAUUUCUUGCAGUCUUGCACGGGCAGCUGUUCAGGCAAGUGCGGGGAGAGCGAGCUUCCGACAUCUGACGGAAGCCUCUGCUCUUGCGACUCCCGGUGUCUUAAAGUUGGAGACUGCUGUCCAGACUUCCUGGACACUUGCGCAUGUCAGGUUCAAGGCUGCGUCGGCAGCAUCUUCGAUGCAACCUCAAGCCAAAACUGCUCCUGCCUUCCAUCCUGCAGUGUAGACCCCGAUGAUCCCAACGAUUCGGCCUGCUGCGGGGACGCCGCAGUCUGCGCCGCAGCUGAAGAACGUGCGCUGCUGGCUGGAGACCUUGUACCCGUCCCCAUGGACUCCUGCUUGAAUCGGUGCCUUCAGCAAGCUCCCGCCGGGUGUGGCUGCAGUGCCAGCUGCGCUCGAGAUAACACUUGCUGCGAUGACUAUGUCCCCUGCUGCGGCCAAGGUGUCUCCAACUGGACGGGGCCUCUCUGCGGCGAUUCGCUGGGCAAUGCAAGUGCCCUGAUCUUCUUGCCGGAUGGCAGUGCUCAAUGCCCUUCGGGAUACGUGCCCCUCGAUGUCCAGGCAUGCCACGCCGGCUUCUCCAUUGGGGACACGCUCUAUUCAUGGAAUCGGGAUGGAAGCCUCCAGACUCCGGCAUGCCAUCUAUUCUGGCCAGGACAGGGCUGCUUCGAGUUCGAAGAGAUCUUGUACUACAGCAAUUGCACCGAUCGCCCCUUGACUCGGAACUUACUUAGAGGUGUGUGCAAGCUGGUGCCCACAACAGCAACCACCACACCGGCGGCGAUCAUUCCGCCGUCGCACCUGUUCGUGCCGGGGGGAAGGGUUCAAUGCCCAGCCGGCUAUGUGCCUCUGGACAUCCAGGAGUGCAGUGCCGGCUUGUUCAUCGCGGGCUCGCCAUAUACAUGGAACCAGAACAGUAGCCUACAGGUCCCGGUGUGCGCCGACGGGUUCCCAGGACAUGGGUGCUUCGAGUUCGAGGGCUUCUUGUAUUUCAGCAGCUGCAGCCACCGCCCCUUGUCGCUGCAUGCCCACAGAGGCGUGUGCAAGAAGGCAUGCAGUGACAACUGGACGCCGGGCUGGGCACCUCCUCCAAAUGCUUGCCUACAGUGGUCCCAGAGUGCCGACUGGGGUGCGCUUCAAAAUGGUCAGCUGCUGUCAACUGCGUGCGCUACUGAUUGGGCAGCUGCUCAGUGUGAGUUUACAUGCGGCUGCCAGAAGCAGACACGUCAGUCACCCUCCGCUGCUGCGGCAACCUGCGUUGGCAUUACUGUUGGUAGCAGCGAGGCUGUGAAAAAGUGCGUCCCUAAGCCGUCAGGGCUUGAUGGCCUUGUCUGUGCGGCGGAUGCCGGCAACGCAAACAAGCGAACAAACCAGGAUGUUCUGGGCACUGAUGCGUUUGAGAUCACGGUGGGAGACAGCGAGGUCUGCGCUCGGCGCACGGACUUCAGUGGUGGCUGGUCGAUGCAGCUGUCCUUCAGGUGCAGCCUCGUCUUCGAGCUCGUGAGCUGCUCAGGGGAUCCCAAUUCACAGGCCAUGACGGGAGGCUUCAUCCGUGUGGGUGUGGGCAACGACACCGUGAUCAAUUGUGCGGCUCAAUGUGCUGGCAGCGCGUUCAUGGCACUUCAAGAUGGCGACGCGUGCUUCUGUGGAGACACCUUCCGAACCUCCGGAGUCUAUGCCCCAGUGGGCCAAGCACAAUGCAACUCCUCCUGCCCGGUCGCGAACGGUUGCGGUGGGCCUCACCGAAACUCCAUCUAUCGUCUAGGUUCCCCGGGAGCUGCCAGCGACUGCGCGCACGCCUUUGACAAGGGUUUCAUCCUCAAGGAGCAGGGCGGCAAGUGUGUUCAACCGGAAGGCGGCGCCCGCAAUCCGAGUGGCAACACGAAGCUCGUGUUAGACGAGCGCUGCGACACGGCCGACGAGGCGCUGUUCUUCAGGAUGGUGGAGGCUCUCGAUGCCGGCGUCUUUGCUCUGCAGCACAUCGGAGGCAAAUGCCUGCAGCCUGAAGGGGGCCUCGACAAGCCUCGAGACAAUUCAGCGCUUGUGUUGCAUACUAGCUGCGACUUAAACAGCGGCGCAGUGCUUUUCCGAAGAGCUGGCCCCAACGUCCUUUCCUUGCAGCACCGGGACGGCAAGUGUGUGGGACUUGGGUCUGCCGGUGUCCUCGUACUCAAAGAUUGCUCUUCAGCCCUACCAUUCCAGCAACUCUUUGACACGGGAAGGCAUCAGUGGUAUUUCCUGGCAUCGGGAAGCGGGGCCCCAAUUCGCUGUGGCCAAGGCAGCAGCGACAGGCUUCAGUGCGCAUCUGAUGAUGGCGUGAGCUGCAAGUGGGGAACGUAUGGUAGUUUCGCACCUUUCGUUGCCAUGUUUGGAGUAGCGGCUUCGAAACCGCUUGAAGUUGCCUGUCCUGCAUGGCCCACUGAUGAUGGCACCGAUGCAUGCGAGAGAUUGCUCUGCUACGCAUCUGCCACUGCAGCUCCUCAGUCCGGGAGCUGUCCACAAGGCUACAGCUUGCAGGAGGGCAAUCUGGCCAACUACGGAGACUGCCCAAACACCGCUGAAGCUGGUUCAUGCGUGCUCCCUGCAAAAGAUGCAGCGAUCUUUUGCAAUGCCAAAGCCGACUGCAGCGGCUUCGCAGAAUCCGCGAACCAGAGCCAUGCCACAUAUGGCAGUGUGCAGGUUGGGACAGGGCCAGUUCUUACAAAUCCAGCAUGGAAGUCCUGCGUCAAGGCCAUCACUUCUCCUCAAGCAGGACUCUGUCCAUCAGGCUACACUUUACAGCAUGGUGGUCUGGACAGUUACGGGCCUUGCCCAAACAGCACCGAAGCCAGCUCUUGCAUCCUCCCUCCAGCAGAGGCAGCAGUGUUCUGCAGCGAGCAGCCCAACUGCAGCGGCUUUGCAGAGACCAGCAAUCGGGCAUGGUUGACCACACACGCCGGCCGUGUUCAACUGGGGACAGGCCCAGGAUUGCCAAAUGCAGAAUGGACUGCCUGUAUAAGGCAGUGA